GCUUUAACCAAACCCAGGUUCUAAUAAAUUACCAAACAGCCCAAUAGAUCCACUUAGCAUUGAGACCGUCCAUCACAUCAAUGGAAAGUGGCAAGCCGAUGUAGGACGCAUCAAACAGCACCACUAUCACUUCCACCUGGGCCUCCCCACCAUAUAAGAAAAUAGUGUGGUUACUUGUUCAAAACCCUUUUCUCUUACCAUUUUGAAGUCAAGAGUGCGGUCCAAAGGUGCUCAACAGACAGCAUAUCAUCUCGAGGCUCACAUCAAAAUGACGAGAAUGCCAUGUUCCUCCUAUUCACAACCACCCGAGCCUCAAGCUGGAAUAGGACUAGGAACCAUUCUUACCAUUUACAUAACUUGCAUCAUCAACGGUAUGUUACCUAAAGUGUUUAGCCAAGGGAGCUAGCUGAUCAGUAAUGCUAAUCACCGUCAUGCCAGGGUUCGACGUAAGUAACGUUGCCAACAUCCAACCACAGCUUUACGAGGCAUUCGGUCAUAUCGAGUUUCUUCCUUGGAUUGGACUCUCUUACUCCCUUGCCAACUUUGCUACAUUGGCCUUUGCUCGUAACGUCAUCGAUGUUUUCAAUAUACGUUACGUGUAUAUCAUCAGCAUCGCUAUAUUUUUUGUUGGAGCGACCCUGGCGGGCGUGGCGGGCAACAUCUCCACGGUCAUCGCUGGCCGAGCGAUCAUGGGGAUUGGAGGCUCAAUCUGCCAGAACUGUGCCAUAUCAUACUUUGCCAUGUAUGCGACCGACAGUCAAAGUCCUCUUCUUUAUGGCAUCAUGAGUGGGUUGUGGGCCAUUGGCCUUGUAGUAGGAGGCCCAGUAGGCAGCGCCUUUGUGCAGAGCUCUGCCACGACCUGGCGUUGGGCUUUCUUCAUCAAUCUACCUUUCCUGGGCCUUGCCAUCAUCUGCGCCCUGAAUUUUGUGCCAGGCAGACCCGAAACCAAUAAUCUUCCUCUGCGAGAUCGCCUUGCUGAUAUUGACAUCUUGGGGAUCGUCCUUCAAGUAGCGACAACCGUACUCUUCGCCAUCGCGGCCACCUUCUCCGGCCCGGUAUGGAAAUGGAGCUCGGCGCCCUGUAUCGCCAUCUGGACUACGUUCGCUGUUGUUCUUGCAGCUUGGGUUGUUCAACAGCUCCGCAGUUACCAGAAGCGGCCUCGUCAUCAGGUGGUCCCCUUCAAAAUCAUGGCUCGGCGUCAUAUGAUACCUCUAUGGGUAGCAUCAGGUUGCGCCGGUGCUACCUACGCCAUCAUGCUCUACUAUAUGCCACUGUUCUAUGCCUUCUCCAAGGGGCUGAGUGCGCUACAACAAACCGUGCGUCUCUUACCUUUUGUUCUCCCUUUCAUCGUCACCGUGGUCAUCAUCGCUGCUUGUCUGCCAAGAGUGAAGCACUACGGUUUAAUCUACCUCGCUGGCGGUGCCAUCACACUCGGAUCGGCAACAGCCCUUGCUACUACUCUUGCACCAAAUGUUUCCGAAAGUAAGGUUAUGGGCCUCACAGCUCUAGUGGGCGUGGGACUUGGCCUACACUUUCAGCACAGCAACGCCAUCUCGAACCGGAUUCACAAAGACCUCCGAGAUCGAAUUGAAGGCGCUGCGCUUCUGAACAUGAGCCUGAUGGGUGGUAUCUCUAUGGCAUUGAUCAUUGCAGGUGCUGUCUAUGAAAACCGCGGCAUGUCGUUGCUAAAGUCGGCUCUUGGGUCAUUCGAUUAUGAUGAAGGAGACCUGCGCGAGGCACUUGCAGGCGUCUCGCGGGAUACGGGGGGAGGAGAUGAGGCUCAUAGCAUGAUAGCAUAUGGCGCUAACGCAACAUGUAAAGCCAUUGCUCUCUUGUUCUAUAUUGUCGCCUCCAGCGGCGCUCUCUGCUUAGCAUGCGGCGUACUCGCCGUAUUUAGUCGUUCUCGAGCGAAGAAGUCGCAAUAGGGGAUGUAUGUUGCAUAAGCAAGGAUCAGUGGAUCAUGGCAGAACGGUAAAAAGGCUGGUAGAAGGGUCAUAGUGGUAAUAACAAGACAGAAGCUAGUAACUACCCAAAACCUAACGAAGACCUUGUGCCCUCUAGGUUAAUAUUCCUCAUGUGGCUAUUUGAUCAGACUUCACAGGGGUUUUGGUCGGCACCAAGAGUUACAGUCACACAUAGAAUAUCAAUCUCGUAGUUAUAAUCGCCAUCACGAUCCGGU